CUGCCGAGCUCGACCCUCCUCAAUCUCGAUAAAUUGUUCUUCCUACCAGAAAAUAAUACUCAUGAUAUUCAAACUACCAGACUGAUAAUUCAGGUCUCUUCGGAGGUGCUGAGAGCGUCAGAAACAACCCAGGGUGUGUCCAACAAUGAGAAUGGAAGAGGCCAUCCUGCUCAAUCAAACAAAUUUAGUGCCAUAUUUUCAGCUUAGAGGUUUAACUGUAAAUCAGAAUGUGCAGAUGGCUGCAUUUGCCACGUUCCUCAUUUUCUAUGUCCUGACAAUGAUUGGCAACAUCCUCAUUGUCAUAACUAUUAUCUAUGACCAUCAGCUCCAUACACCCAUGUAUUUCUUUCUCAGCAACCUGUCCUUUAUCGAUGUCUGCCACUCCACUGUCACUGUCCCCAGGAUGCUGAUACGCACCUGGUCAGAGGAGAAACUCAUCUCCUUUGAUGCCUGUGCAACUCAGAUGUUCUUCCUGCACCUCUUUGCCUGCUCAGAGAUCUUUCUCCUCACUGUCAUGGCUUAUGAUCGGUAUGUGGCCAUUUGCAAACCCCUGCAGUACAUGAUAGUGAUGAACUGGAAAGUAUGUGUGCUGCUGGCUGUGGCCCUCUGGAUGGGGGCCCUGACCUUCCUCACCAUCAAGCUGCCCUACUGUGGUCCUGAUGAGAUUGACAACUUUUUCUGUGAUGUACCUCAGGUGAUCAAACUGGCCUACACUGAUACCCACGUCACUGAGAUUCUCAUCGUCUCCAGCAGUGGGCUGAUCUCCGUGGUCUGUUUUGUGGUCCUUGUGGUGUCCUGUGCAGUCAUCCUGGUGAGUCUGAGGCAGCAGAUCUCAGAAGGCAGGCGGAAGGCCCUGUCCACCUGUGCAGCCCACCUCAGUGUCACACGGUUUCUGGGACACUGCAUCUUCAUCUAUUCCCAUCCAUCCACCAGCCUCCCAGAGAACAAGGUGGUGUCUGUGUUUUUCACCGCUAUCACACCCCUGCUGAACCCUAUCAUCUACACCCUUAGGAAUGAAGACAUGAAGAACACCUUGAACAAGUUAAUGGGGAGGGUGGCGGGAGGAGAAAAAAAAUGAAAAUGUCUAAGCCCUUAAGGUGCUUGGUGCUCCAAAUCAAAGAAAUGCCUUGCAAAGAUAAGUUACAAACCACAUUUAUCAAACUAUAUGACUUAUAAAACUAUCUUCUAAUCCAAUAUCUGACAAUCAUGGCAAUAAUUAUGAUUUUUAAUAUCUUCCACAGGCUGAAAAUUGUUCUAGGCACUGUGCAAUUACUUAAUUCUCACAACAACCCUGUGAGGUAAGUAUUAUGCUUGUUUACACAUGAAGAAGCCAAAGCUGAAAGAGAGCAAAUAGCAUGCCCCAGGUCACCCAGCUAGGAAAUGAUGAAGGCAGGAUGUUAAGCCAAAUGUAUCAACACAAACUCAUGUUAUUUUCAAUUACAUCAUGCUUCCUCUCCCUGCUUUUGUCUUAGGGUGAUACCCAAGGCCUAAACAAACAUUCAGAUUUCUGGGUAGUGCUUGCCAACAUCAUUCACUCAGAUGCAUGUCUAAAUAGCUUAGCAAACACUGGUAAGGCAGGCAAAGUAACUUUGCAUAUGACUUCAGUGAUGUAGAAAGAAGACUUUGAACCACUGAAGUUACUGAUAUCCUCAAGUGUCCAGGAAAAAAUCUUCCAUAA